GCUGUAGCUCCUGAAGUGAAGAGCCUAGCCUUUCAACGGCGCAAGUCCAUUCAAGAUGGAAUCAGACGAGCUUGUUGUAAGCUCUACAGUCUUUGCUACAGAAAAGAGAGAGACAUCACCAUUCACGGAAACAGCACAAAGUUUGUAAGCGUAAGUCAAAGCAAGAGAUGACUCAGUUGGUUGCCAGCUGCAAGAAAAUUGUAGACAUAACAGCUGCAGUCAUAGGUGAUUUGGCUAAACUAAUACAUCAAAGGUCAUCAUCUUCUUCACUUUCGUCAACAGAAUCUGAGACAAGGGAGGAUGAUUUAAAAACAAAAUCUGAGACAAGUGAAGACGAUUUGAAGUGUGACUCUCAGAAAUUCAAAGAUGUUCAUUGUCAUGAAUUUAGUUGGUUAAGAGAGUCAGCAGAAGCUAAUCGUAGCAUGCGGAUAUUUCUCCAGAGGAUUAUGGAGGAUCCUGCUGUAUCUGCUGUGAAGUCCAAGCAUUCUCAGUUGAAUGGCAUUAUGAGUAUGGCAAAGAGACAUGAAUGUCAGCUUAGGGUCCUAGAACAACGUUUAGAAGAAUUGGCUAGAUUUUUUUCAGAUGCCACUCAUACUGCAGAUUUGACACAGCAAAGCGUGCAAGAAGUGUCUGAAAACGUGUCUGCUCUUAGGGAAGAGGUCAAAAGGAUGCUAAAUUCAUGUUCUACCGCUUAUUGCGAGAAACCACAAUCUGUUUUACAACCACGAAAGACAAGGAGUUGUAUCAAGACAUCACGUGAUUCUAUAGGUAAGAAACACAAAGCCAUCAAAAGAAAACGUGAACUUGUGUAUGGAAGCAGUGAGGGUGAUGAUGAAAGAUCAUUAUCAGACUCUGAUUUAAAACGAGGUAGUAGUGAUGUCUGUCAGAGGCUUUCAUCAACUGUUGCUUGUCAAAAGGAAUUACAAAACUGUAAACUUCAUUUCUGUAAGGAUUCAAUUGAUAAUGAUAAUGGUAUACCUGAAUAUGGUGGUUCAACUUUGCACACGUCAUCAAGACGUGAACGUGAACAAGAGACAUCUACUGUCAGUUGUGCAUUGAAACCAGCCAGUGACACAAGGAAUAUGGAUUCUUUAUCAGCUGGUGAAUUCAAAGCAACUCAUGAUUGUGGCAAGGUUAUACAACCAACAGAAGAGAAACUUUGUGAGCAUUCUAGUUUAUUCUUUGUCAGCUCUUUUGCGAAAUCUGAAGAUUUGGCUAUGGAACAGCAAUCAAGAUGUGGUGUACAUGAGUGUGUAUGCCCAAACUGCAGAUAUAAACUGAAUGUAGAAAAGGAAACUGUUUGUAAUCUUUCUACAGAGGAUGAGGUACCUCAAGAAGCUCAGCUGUCUAGAACACAUUUGCAAUGUAAAAUGAAGGAGAGUGGAAUAACGGAAUUCGAACAUCACAGUGACUCUGUGCUACCUACUAAUGAGAACAGUAACAAGACGUCACAAUUAGUUCAGACAAAGGCAGUAGCAAUACCUAGUCAAGAUGAGGAUAUCACGCUGCCUGUAGUUAAUGGUCUUGGUAUUGAUUAUAAGCCGUCUUCAUACGUGUAUCAAUGUAAAGCUGAUGCAACUCUCUGCUUCAAAAAAUCAGUGACGCAACCUCUUGAAAUUGACCUCUACGUUGGCAAAGAGGGAAUUCCGGUGGCUCCUGUUCCAGAUAGAAACAUCCCUUGUCAUCAGAAAGUACAAGUCAGACAUGAAGCUAAUAUCAAUUAUGCUGGACUUAACUGUGACAUUGGUAAAAUCUAUGUCAUAUCCACUAUUUAUUCAUGUUUCAAGAAGAAUGGGGAUGAUGAUAGCUAUUCAAAUGAUUGUAAUGAUAGUAGAUGGCUGAAAAGUAGAAUGCCACACAAAGAAAAGGCAAAACCAGAUGGAAAAAAACCUGAACUUCCAGACUCUCGACUUAAUUUGUGUAGUGCAACUCGUGACUUCAACAGACAAGUACAAGCUGCGAGAAAGCAAGAGGCAGUCAAAGCAACAAAAAGUACACACUCGGAUGUGAGUAGUACUGGUAGAAAUGCAGACAAAAAGAAAGGUUUGUCAGAUGCUCAACUAAACAUGGCAUUACCAGGUUGUAGGACUGCGGUCUCAUUGGAUUCGACUACAGACAAUGUGGAUACAAACCAAUCAGAACCAACUAUUGGCAGUAAUAAACUAAACAGCUCUUUCUCAUCUCUAUCUGCUUUGCUGUUUGGACAUGAAGCAUUGACAUCGGAUGAUCUUCGAAAAGCAUGUUAUGCACAAACUGAUGAAGAGAGGCGAAUUGUUUCUCUGUUUGAGUUUCACCAGGAAAGAAGCACUGGUGGUCGGAAUGAAACGACACAGUGUCACUCCUCGACCAGCACUAGUAGUGUUUCUGAGAUGUGCUUGGAUGUGACAGAAAUACGACAAUUUACAUACGCUGCAAUGCAAAUUGCCACCGACGACUUUAUCAGUUGCCCUAGACUAGAGGAUGACCCAUUUCCUCAAUGUUUGGAAGUAGAACAAUCUAAUCACUAUCAAGUACAAGAUAAAUGGUAUAACUACUUGCACCAAGCACGUUGCAGUUGUGAAAAUGUUCAAGGUCAAAGUAACAUUUGCAAUGGAUUUCAGCAUUUGCAAUCUACGUUGUUAUUUGACAUUGGUACAAACACAAAUGCACAUUUUUCUGUGCCGCCAACACAAAUAUUGGAAGCCUAUCACACUUUAUUUGCCAUUGAGAAGUAUUUGAAGGAUAAGUUCAUGUUACCAUUCGAUGAUUUCAGACAAGGGUCUGAUCGAAAGAAGGGUAGUAUACCAAGUGACAACUUCAGAUUCAAAGAAAAGAAAUGCCAUAAUUCCCCAAGUGCAGAAGGUAGCAGAGGCUCCUAUAAACCACGAGGGUUGCAGGACAACAGAGGGAUUGAAAAGACAAAACAAGAAACAAGUCAGUUCAUGAAGAAAUCUCAUGAGGAGACAAUUGAAGGAGAAAGACAAAUCUCAUUUAGCAUUGAUGAAUUGCGAGUGAUUACAGAGAAACAAUUUUUGCAGCGAUCUACUGAUCAGUCAAGAACUCAAACAGAGAAACUAACAGAUGAGUGUUAUGUUGUCAGUAGUCUUCCUCAUGACAAUGUGGAUGAACAGCCAAUUACAGCUGUUUCUGAGAUGGAGUCACAUGAUACUUCUAAGCUGACUCAUCAAUCAGACGAAAAUCAAGAAACCUAUCAGCCUGUGCAGCAAACUCAUGAGGAUACAGUCGAAAAAGUGGGAAUGGAAAUGCCACCAUCCACGGCUGAUUUCAAAGUACUUGCAGAAGAUCAACAGUUUCAACAAUCUGGUGAUGGUCCGUGCAAAGAAGCUGCAAGGCAAAUGCUAACAGAAGGACAGUCAGCAGUAGUCAAAUUAGGUUUAUUCAAAGGGAAGGACCACAACAGCAAUGAUAUUGCUUUACAUGGUUUUUCAAAGUGCUAUCCCGACAGUUUACAGGAAACGGCACGUGUACAUACUUUGAAGCUGGCUGACCAGAAAGGAGGCUUCGGUACAAGGGCGGAUAAAUUAGACAAUUAUGUGAUAGAUGAAGGACGUAUCAUCAGUUAUGAAGAGUUGAGGCGUGGUACUAGAGAUUUUGACUCUAGAUCUGUUGACAAGGGAGGGUGCAAGAUUGAUGCUGGCAGCUCUGCUGAUGUGUAUCAUGCUCAAUUACGUGAUGCUCAUGGCACAAUGUAUGAUGUAGCUGUAAAGAAAUUGAAGCAGUUGAAGAGUGGUAAACUCUCUAAACAGCAGUUUUUAACAGAGUUAAAGGCAUUAGAAAAAUAUCAUCAUUUCAAAAUUGUUCGUCUCAUUGGACACUGCAGUGAACCAGAACCAUGUUUGGUAUAUGAGUAUAUGCCAGGACGCAAUCUAGCACAGAAUUUGGCUAAGGAUAACCCUAACUCUCUUAUGUGGUCAUUUCGGGUGAAAAUUUUGUGUGAUGUUUCUUGUGCAUUAGAUCACUUGCACACCUCAUACAAUCCUGCUCUUGUCCAUCGUGAUGUGAAAAGUGCUAGCAUCUUAUUGACAGAAAACUUUGAGGGUAAACUGGCUGACUUUGGUCUUGCUAUGCCCACAGAAAGUGAGAAUCCAAUGGCUUCAUUUUACGUCGAAAGGGCAGCUGGAACAAAAGCAUACAUGCCACCAGAAGCUUUCAAAGGGAAGGUAUCACCUAGACUUGACAUUUUCUCAUUUGGAGUGGUGACCUAUGAAGUAGUGACUGGCUCACCAGCAUACUGUACAGCUACAAGGGAAGAUCUGGUAACAAAGAUGAGAGACCUAGAAAGGCAAAAGUCAAAUUUGCUUCACGUGGCUGAUUGUCGUGCCAAGUGGCCUAGCGAUGUGGCCAGUCAGCUUUAUCAAUGCGCUAAGGAGUGCACUGACUUUGAUAGCCACAGGAGACCACCUAUGGCAAAGCUGUUUACAAUGCUCGAGAGUCUGAUAGAUGAUCAUCAUAUUUCAUGAAGUCUCUAGUGUUGAAAUGCAAGAGAUACUGCUGAUGCACGAUUACCUACUGGACAAAUUUGUAGCAGUAGUGUAAAUAUUGAUAAAUUUACAGAAUUCGUUGGAAUUAUGAAUGAAAGGUCUUUGUACACUUGA